AUGUCCUCCCAACUCGCUCAAGCCCCGGCGCUGGUCGCCCUCCGAGCUAAGCUCAACGCGAAGGUUCACUCCCGUCGAGCCGCUCGCUCCGCGCGCGUGGUCACCAAGGCCGCGGUCGCCGCCCCGGCCGGGGUCUCCACGGAGACGGUGAACGAUUCGAUCAAUACCAUUCGUUUCUUGGCGAUCGAUGCGAUCAACAAGAGCAACUCCGGUCACCCGGGUCUCCCGAUGGGUUGCGCGCCGAUGGGCUACGUGAUUUACCGCGAGGCGAUGACGCACAACCCGAAGAACACCAAGUGGUUCAACCGCGAUCGAUUCGUGUUGUCCGCGGGACACGGGUGCAUGUUGCAUUAUUCAUUGCUCCACUUGACCGGUUACCCGAGCGUUUCGAUUGAAGACAUCAAGCAGUUCCGCCAGUGGGACUCCAAGACCCCGGGUCACCCGGAGAACUUCAUCACCGACGGUAUCGAAGUCACCACGGGUCCGCUCGGUAUGGGCAUCUGUAACGCCGUCGGUCUCGCGAUGGUCGAAAAGCACCUCGCCGGUCGCUUCAACAAGCCGGACUGCGAGAUUGUCGAUCACUACACCUACUGUAUCAUGGGCGACGGUUGCAACAUGGAAGGCAUGUCUGGCGAAGGCGCCUCCCUCGCCGGUCACUGGGGCCUCGGCAAGCUCAUCGUCUUCUACGAUGACAACCACAUCUCCAUCGACGGCCACACCGACAUCUCCUUCACGGAAGAUGUCCAAGCCCGCUUCGACGCGUACGGCUGGCACACGCAACACGUCCAAAACGGUAACACGGACGUUGACGCCAUCCGCGCCGCGGUGAACGCCGCCAAGGCUGACCCGCGCCCGUCCCUCAUCAAGGUGACGACGCUCAUCGGCUACGGUUCCCCGAACAAGUCCAACACCCACGACGUGCACGGCGCGCCGCUCGGUAAGGAUGAAACUGCCGCCACCCGCGAGAACUUGAAGUGGAAGUACGGCGAGUUCGAAGUGCCGGAAGCCGUCGCCAAGGCCAUGGACUGCACCGAAAAGGGCGCCGCCGCCGAAGCUGAGUGGAACGCCAAGUGGGCGACCUACAAGAGCAAGUACCCGGAAGACGCCGCUGAACUCGACUCCAUCAUGUCCGGUAAGCUCCCGGCCGACUGGGCCAAGUCUCUCCCGACCUUCACGCCGGAAGACAAGGGUGUCGCCACGCGCAUCCACUCCCAAACGAUGCUCAACGCCCUCGGUGGUGCGAUCCCGGGUUUCAUGGGUGGCUCCGCCGAUCUUGCUCCGUCCAACAUGACGCUGAUGAAGCAAUUCGGUGACUUCCAAAAGGACACUCCGGCCGAGCGCAACGUUCGCUUCGGCGUCCGUGAGCACGGUAUGGGUGCCAUUGCCAACGGCAUGAAGCUCCACUCCCCGGGUAUCAUUCCGUACUGCGCCACCUUCUUCAUCUUCUCCGACUACAUGCGCUGUGCCAUGCGCAUCGCCGCGCUUUCCCAAGCCGGUACCAUCUUCGUCAUGACGCACGACUCCAUCGGCGUCGGUGAAGACGGUCCGACGCACCAGCCGAUUGAGCACGUCGCGUCCUUCCGCGCUAUGCCGGGCAUGGACAUGAUGCGCCCGGCUGACGGCAACGAGACCGCCGCCUGCUACAAGAUGGCCGUCGAGAACUCCAUGAACGGUGCUCCGACCACCUUGGCGCUCUCUCGUCAAGUUGUCCCGAACUUGCCGGGUACCUCCAUGGAAGGCGCCCAAAAGGGUGCGUACGUUGUCCAAGGCGCCGCGGCUGGCGAAGCGUGCGACGUCAUCCUCAUCGGUACCGGUACCGAACUCGAGCUCGCCUGCAAGGCUGGUGCCGAGCUCGAGUCCAAGGGUAAGAAGGUUCGCGUUGUCUCCAUGCCGUGCUGGGAAGUCUUCGAGCGCCAACCGGCCUCUUACCAAGAUUCCGUCUUGCCGAAGUCCAUGUACGCCAACACUGCCUCCAUCGAGGCGGGUACCACCUUCGGUUGGUCGAAGUACGCCGCCAAGUCCAUCGGUCACGAUGACUUCGGUGCGUCUGCCCCGGCCCCGAUCCUCUACAAGGAGUUCGGCAUCACGGCCGAAAAGCUGGCCGCGCUCUUCUAA